CUGAGCUGCCCCACCAGCCCAAGUGUGGUCGGCUCGUCCGCGCUGCUUGACUCGCGUCCUCCUACCGACCUCGCGUCUUCUUCGCAUAAUCACAUCGUAUUCGAAGCGUCAUAAGAUCGGCAUGGCUGGCCAACAGGGCGUCAACAAUGCAUGGACCAUUCCCUUCAAUCCGGUUCGUCCGGACGGCAGAGUGAUCUCCCAAGACGCUGCCCGGAAGCUGGUAGACGACCGGAUCGCUUUUGGUCGCCGCCUCGACCAAUGCAUGGAGGAGGCACGCAGGAUCCUCGACUCCCGCGACGCAGGGGAACUGAGGAACUCCGAGGAGGCACAGGCCUGGGUCCUCACUACUGAACGCUUUCGCUGUGAGGCCUCCGAGCACCACCACCGGUGCUUUCGGCUUGCCGAGUACAUCGUUCAUCUCCAUUCGGUCUUCUCUGUCCCCGGUGCUGCUCCCAGUUCUCUCCCUCCUAUGCCAGAAGAAAUAGUUCACUAUGUUGGGUACGAGAGGCAGCAGACAAGUACCGCUAAAUAGUGGAUUUCCCGGUUCCCUUCUUUUACAUUCUUCUCUUCUUCCGUGUCUUUGCUACCACGAUCUCCUCCAGCUUUGCGUUGUCCUUUCGUCUCGAUCUGGGUCGCCUGCUCUUAGUUCAUAGCUAUUGUUUGUGUGUACAGCUGUAUAUAUCCGGGGACUAGAUGCAUGAUACCUCGCGACUAUAUCCGUGCGGAACACCGGUGUGCAAACUGUAGUAUGAGCCAUAUCUUCAUAUGUAGUCAUAUGUAGUUGUAUGUGGCGAGAAAAGCCAGGGAAUAACUCGAUUUUUG